AUGUUUCUACGCCGCUGCACCUUACUGCUGCUGAUCUGCCUAAUUGCGAGUGACGCCGCCAGCGCCGCACGCAAAACAAAGCGUCCUGUCAAGCCGGUCAAGCAGACCAAUCCGCGCACCAAUGUAACGCCUUCGCCGCCGGCCGUCGCCUCAUCGGGCAGUUCCACACCCGCCAGCACCAGCAGCACCACCACCACGGAAGGAAGGGGCGACCAGGAGGCAGUCACAGUGGGAUCUGCGGCUCCAGCCGGCAGCGGAGAACUUCCCAAGCCUCUGGUCACGCCCAUCGAGGUGCAGCCCGAGGCGAAGACGGACAAGCCGACCGCUCAGGAGGAGGACUGCGAUCCAGAUAUGAUUGGCUUUGAGAUUAUUACCGGCUACGUGCUUUCGGCUCCCUCGAAAAUGCUGGACACUCUGCCCGGCACAUUGAUGCUAACCGACUGCUUGGAGGCCUGCCAAAAUAACGAGUCCUGCAGCGCUGUCAACUACGAAACCGGAUUGUGUGUGCUGUUCAAGACGACCGCCGAUAAAUUGCCAGGUUCACUUUCGCGCUCGCAGUUUCCGGUUUUCACCAUCUACGCACAGAAAUCGUGUUUGGGCGUGCGUCCUUGCUCGAAGGCCUGGUGCAUCGAUCGCGUUCAAGGUUACCGCCUCCCGGAGCACGUCAAAUCUAGUCAGACGGUUCUGUCGCGGCGCGACUGCUUGGAACUCUGCUUGGGGGAGACCGAAUUCACCUGCCGAUCUGCGAACUACUACCGCCACUCGGGUCUGUGUGAACUGUCCGACAUGGACCGCAUAACCUUGUCUGCUGGAGGAAGUGUGGAGCCCUACGAUGGCGCCGACUACCUGGAGAACAACUGCGCCGAGGAGCCCAGCAAACUGUGCGAGUUCAAGCGGAUUUCGGGAAAGAUCCUGAAGACAGUGGAUUCGGUUUACCAGGACAUCAACACCAUCGACGAGUGCCGCGAUCUCUGCCUAAACUCGCCCUACAGAUGCCACUCCUACGACUACAAUGACACUGGAGACAUGGUCUGCCGACUGUCGCACCACAGCCGCGCCACCUUGACCGAUGUGAUGGAUCCCUACUUGGAUGUGCCCGAGGCAGCUACCUAUGAACUGUCAGCCUGCUACAAUGUAUCCAUUGAGUGCCGCUCCGGUGAGAUGAUCACCAAGAUUAGAACGUCCAAACUGUUCGAUGGCAAGGUUUACGCCAAAGGAGCACCCAAAUCCUGCGCUGUGAACGUGAACAACUCGCUGGAGUUUGACUUCCGCAUGGGCUACAAUGACCUGGAGUGCAAUGUGCGCCAGAGUGCUUAUGGCAGAUAUAUGAACGACAUAGUUAUCCAACAUCACGACAUGAUUGUCACCUCCUCCGAUCUUGGCCUCGCAGUCUCCUGUCAGUACGAUUUGACCAACAAAACAGUGCUGAAUGAUGUAGACCUUGGAGUAACUGGAGAGAUUGAGUCCUCCCUGAGCGAAGAGAUCACCAUUGAUUCGCCCAAUGUGAUCAUGAAGAUCACCUCCAGGGAUGGCAGCGACAUGAAGAGGAUCGCAGAGGUUGGGGACCCGCUUGCCCUGCGAUUCGAGAUCGUGGAGCCCAACAGUCCGUACGAGAUCUUCGUGAGGGAACUGGUGGCCAUGGAUGGCUCGGACAGCGCCGAGAUAACGCUGAUCGAUGCUAAUGGCUGCCCCACCGACCAAUACAUCAUGGGCACCAUCCAGAAGCUGGCGCAAAAUCGCAAGGUGCUGCUCUCCCAGUUCGACGCCUUCAAGUUUCCUUCGAGCGAAGUGGUCCAGUUUCGUGCCUUGGUCACGCCCUGCAUUCCACGCUGCGAACCCGUGAUUUGCGACAGCGAAGAUGGCGCCAGUGGAGAGCUCAAGUCUUUGGUUUCGUACGGGCGCAAGAAGAGAUCGGUGCUGAAUGGAACUGAUGGAGCCGAGUUCUCGCUCAGCACACGCCACCGUCGUGAUGUGGGCCCUGUGGAUGAUAACAUACUGCUCAUGCAGUCCAUACAAAUCACAGACAAGUUCGGGUUCCAGCCAGAGGAUGGCACCACUACCCAUGGCAAUGACAGCGGUCCCCACGAGAAGGCCUAUGCGGGCGUGGCCCAGGACAAGCUCACUUGCCUUAAUGGCUAUGGACUCAUCAUGGCAGGAGGCCUGUUCCUGUUGGCCCAGUUGAGCAUCUUCGGCAUCUGGAAGACCGUGCAGCGCCGCAGCAGCAAGGAGCGCUACCUAUACCAGCACGAGCCCACGCCCACAAUCACCUACGGAGCGCCCACCAUGCUGUACGGACCACCGCCCAACUCCUCCGCCGGAUCCUCGGCCUCGGGAGCGUCGUACGGGGGCAGUGCCAAGGACACGCUGAGCAAACUCUACGACAGCGGCAUCAACGGGCGCUACGGACAGCAGUUCUAG